CUUCAGUUUGCUAGUUAGAGACUGCCAUCCUUGUUUGACAAGAUGUCAAUGUUAACUAAUACCUGUAAAUGUCACUGUCUUUAUCUACUGAACCUGAACUCCAGAUGGCAACAAGCGUCCAGACUGUUAACAAUGAUCGGUGGACCUUGUUCAACAGAAGUUCACUCAGUGUGUGGUGGCCGAUUUAAGAGUAUUUCUUCUGCAAAGACGGACGUGAGGACCAAUGUUUUGGGAGGAUGCACACACACAAAUUGGUUUAAUAGGACUCUACAGAGAAGAGAACUUCAUUUAAGCACACCUCUUGAGGAGGAAAAUGAACUUCGGGACAGAGAACUAACAGAGACAGAAUAUGACAGACUAGCAGAAGAGACCCUCUACGCUUUAGCAGAUUAUUUUGAAGACCUCACUGAUGAGAGCUUUACUGGAACGGACUAUGAUGUCGUAUUCUCUAAUGGUGUGCUGACAGUAAAAGUGGGUUCUGAUCAUGGUACAUAUGUCAUCAACAAACAAACACCCAACCGACAGAUUUGGCUCUCUUCACCAUCAAGUGGGCCAAAACGCUAUGAUUGGACGGGGAAGCGAUGGGUGUACGCUCACGACGGUGUGGCUUUGCACAGUCUGCUCUCCAAAGAAUUUUCCCUAAUUUUUCAAUCAAAAAUCAACCUGUCACAUCUCAUUUACUCAUGACAAGACCAGAGUGAAGAACGGACACCAUAUAGAUCCUUUCCAUUCACAGCAGUUGACUGUCAAGAUCUCUUUGGUUAAACAAUACGAUGGAAAUUUACUACUGUAGCCAGUGCUCAAACAUCCUGGAUUUAUUUUCAGAUAUAUGUUUUAUGAUUUACAGUGAUGGCAAAAAUAAUUUUUAUACUUUUCGGCACGGAAAGCUAAAUAUCAAUCCAAGUGUCAUCUGCAAACAAAUGAUGCUAGACUUUUUCCUCAGAAUUAACAUUAUUAUUUUUGUAAUUGCAUUGAACAUUUUUAGUCUCUAAGUGAUUUUUAGUGGUUAUGCUGCUGUCUUUGCACUACGCUGGUGUUGUUCCACUAACUGGUUUGGGUUUGACAACCAGAAAGUGUCAAAUUAUUUUUCUUAAUUUUGAACAAAUAUAUAUAUAUAUAUAUUGUGAUUCAAAACAUAAGCUUCUUUAAAAAAAUUGUUUGUGCUAUAUUUAUUUUAAAUAAAUACCCAUACAUGUAUGUUGAUUAUUUUGUUAUCAAAUGCAAAGACAUUCAUUUAUAAAUAUGGCUUAAGUGUCUAAAUAACAUUUGGUUGUGUACAAUUGUGUAAUAUAAAACUUGCAAUUUCUCUGUGCUUUUUGUUUGCUGACGUACCUUCAAAACAGAUUAGUGCUGCCAAAUUUCAUAAACUACAAAUCCCAGGAGAUUACAGACCUCAAGAAUGAUUUAUUUGUCUGUUUCAAAUCUGUUCACAAUUAUGAGCUUUAAACCCACUCAGAACAGCAGAAUGUGCUCUCAUAAUCAAAUCCCUGUAAAUAAAUUUGGUUAGAUUAAAUCCAGAUUAAAAGUUUCACAUUUAAUGGCUUUUAAACCAGAUAAAUAAGACAAAUGGACACCGAUUGUAUUUUGGAAGCGUUUAAGUUAUCCCUGCAUAUACCUGGCCCUGGUUGAACUAUUAGAGGCUAUUGGGUAGAUCUAGGAAAAGGGGAUUAUGACAGACAGAUGGCGUUAAGGUUCUUCCUCUAAAACUCCCCUAGCCAGAGCCUUUAUUUUAGAAUUGACUGUGAAUAAUAGCAUUUGUCUUGGAUAAUUUUGCUCAGAGUCACAGGACUGCUACCCUAAUACCAGCUCGUUUUCUCGCCGGUCCACCCAACAGUUAACACUGAGUCAUUAAGGAAAUCAGCUCACUUCAGACACCUCUUAAUGUAAUAGCCCAUAUAUCUGAAGAUUAACUUGACACUCUGUCUAUGUAAAUGUUGAAAUAUGAGAUGGAUUGUACUGAGGUGGUGGGUGUAAUGCCUUUAUUCAUGUUGCAUGUGAUAAAACAGUGACACAUCUCUCUUUAUGUUGACCUCUGACAUUUUCAGCUGUUUUUGUCUGUUGGUGACGCACAGCUGUGAAUUAUAUGAAAUAAUUAGGAUUUAAUUUUAAAUUCUAUUUAAUUAAUUUAAUACUGUAUAUGCUUUGUGUAUAGUAUUAUUAAAGUUAUUUUG